AUGAGGCUGCAUCAACUAUUUAUGGGCCACACACCCUUUCUGCUUAUAUUCAACUGUACAGAGGACUUGCAAAGGCUAUUGCUACGUAUCGGUAACCUGACCUUGGUGCCUCUUCUCACUGCUGACCGUGCACCAGCGAGUAAGACAUUUGGCGAUGUGCUACAAGAAGUGAGACAACAGUAUCGAGCGAGAGAAGUUGCUGAAGUAACUUUUGUAGGUGCGAACCCCAGGAACUCUGCAGAGAAUGCGACUGAACACAACUUCCUGACGGUGGAGAAAUACAACAGCACUUCAGACAGCUGGCAUGUGGUACAGAAUGAUGCCUCCUGGGACACCAGGUUUUACUGGACCAAAGGAUUUUUUGGUCGGAGCAACGUGACUAUCGAAUGGCACAUCCCUCAUGACACAGAGCCGGGCGUCUAUAGGAUACGGUACUUCGGGCACUACAGGAAAAAUCUGUCUCUCACUCACGCUGUCUCUAUCCCAUUUGAAGGCACGUCUUCAGCAUUUGAAAUCACAAAAACAUAG